AUGGCUCACUUAAUCCGACACAAGAUUUCCAACAAAAUCACAAAUGCUAUGAACACGGCCACCAACAAGUCUCAGGCGAAGGUCAGCGGGGUGUUCGCCCGCAUGGGCUUCCAGGCGGCCACGGACGAAGAGGGACUGGGCUUCGCCGAGUGCGACGACCUGGACUAUGACUACAGGCAGGGGAUGCGCAUGGAUGUGAUUCAGCCGGACGAUGCCGGCUCGGACAUGAGCGGAUCGGGCACCGGGGACGGGCUGGAGGGGGACAGCCACUACCAGAGAGAUGGCACCCGCCACCGAGGCUCCAUCAAGAGCACCGGCGGUGUGGAGGAGAUGGAGCGGGACAAGCCGAAAAUCACCGCCUGGGAGGCCGGAUGGAACGUCACCAACGCCAUCCAGGGUAUGUUCGUCCUUGGCCUGCCGUACGCCAUCCUCCACGGGGGUUACCUGGGCCUCUUCCUCAUCAUCUUCGCCGCUGUGGUCUGCUGCUACACGGGUAAGAUCCUCAUCGCGUGCCUCUACGAAGAAAACGAAGACGGACAGCUAGUGCGCGUGAGAGACUCGUACGUGGACAUAGCCAACGCCUGUUGCGCGCCUCGCUUCCCGAGCCUCGGUGGACACGUCGUAAACGUGGCACAGAUCAUCGAGCUGGUGAUGACCUGCAUCCUGUACGUGGUGGUCAGCGGGAACCUGAUGAUAAACAGCUUCCCGGGCCUCCCCGUGUCCCAGAAGGCUUGGUCCGUCCUGGCCACGGUGGCUCUCCUGCCGUGCGCCUUCCUGAAGGACCUCAAGUCCGUCUCCAAGUUCAGUCUGCUCUGCACGCUCGCCCACUUCGUCAUCAACAUCGUGGUGAUCGCCUAUUGCCUGUCCCGCGCGCACGACUGGGCCUGGGAGAAGGUCAAGUUCUACAUCGACGUCAAGAAGUUCCCCAUCUCCAUCGGCAUCAUCGUCUUCAGUUACACCUCCCAGAUCUUCCUGCCCUCCCUCGAGGGCAACAUGCAGAAGCCCAGCGAGUUCCACUGCAUGAUGGACUGGACACACAUCGCCGCGUGCGUCCUCAAGGGCCUCUUUGCCCUGGUGGCCUACCUCACGUGGGCAGACGACACAAAGGAAGUGAUUACGGACAACCUCCCCGGGGGCAUCCGCGCGUGGGUAAACAUAUUCCUGGUGGCCAAAGCUCUCCUGUCUUACCCACUGCCGUUCUUCGCCGCGGUGGAGGUUCUAGAGAAGUCUUUCUUCUACGAGGGGAGUUUAUUACCAGACUGUUACGGCCCGGGAAGAAAGCUCAAGUCGUGGGGUUUGGGUUUGCGCAUCUUGCUGGUUGUGUUCACGCUGAUGAUGGCCAUUUUCGUCCCGCACUUUGCGCUCCUGAUGGGGCUCACCGGGAGCCUGACGGGCGCGGGCCUGUGCUUCCUGCUGCCCAGUCUCUUCCACCUGAGGCUGAUGUGGAGGAAACUCUUGUGGCACCACGUCUUCUUUGACGUCUCCAUAUUUGUCAUUGGAGGGAUCUGCAGCGUGUCUGGAUUUAUUCACUCCGUCGAGGGGCUCAUAGAAGCCUUCAAAUACAACCUUCCGGAUUAG